GGCAAUGGAGUUGAUUCAACCUUUGUACGAUAUUGUGAAAAACAUGUGCACACCCAUUUGUAGACGUGUGGAUUAUGCGAUAAACCUGUCAAAGAAUUUCACUGAGCUGAGCGGGAGAGUAAAAAAAUUAUGCGACAGGAGGGAUGACAUUAUAUAUAAGAUUGACCUUGUUAAUCUACAAAAGGGUCCUACAAGAGAAUGCAAUGGCUGGCUUGAAAGGGUGGAUGAGAUUGAUAAGAAGACGAAAGAAGAUGAGCAGCUCAUUGGCAAAAGAUGCUUUAAUGGAUGGUUUCCAGAUGUCAUUUCUCGUGUGAAGCUCGGUAAGCAUGUGGUGGAAAUGAUCGAGCAGGUUAAAGAGCUCCAAGAGGAAUCCAGGUUUGAAGAUGGUUUUGUCAUUGAUUUGCCACCAAAUGCUUUGAUAAUGGGGAAUUCAACUAAUCUCACCUUGCAAAAGAUACGAGAUUCCAUAAGAGACGAGGGUGUCCAAAAGAUUGGAAUUUGGGGCAUGGGUGGGGUGGGAAAGACAACCUUAAUGAAUGUCUUGAAUAAUGAGCCUGAAAUUCAAACUAUGUUUCAUAUUGUAAUAUGGGUAACCGUCUCAAAAUCUUGGAGCAUUAGGAAGAUUCAAGAUGAAGUUGCACUGCGCUUGUCAUUACCGGAUGUAAAGGAUAAACCAGAUUAUAGAGUUUCAAUAAUGUUGUUUGAGAAACUCAAGGGCAAGAAAUAUUUGUUGCUUCUGGAUGAUGUUUGGGAAGAAGUGGAUUUGAGUAGAGUGGGUAUACCAAGUACAAGUCAAGAGAAGGGUUGCAAAAUUGUUCUGACAACCAGAGAUAUUCGAGUUUGUCGAAAAAUGAUUACCGAUAAAGAUAUCAAAGUGGAAGUUUUAGACGAAAGUGAAGCAUGGGAAUUGUUUAACUCAAAAGCGGGAGGAAUCUCAUUGCUCCCAACCAUCAAGCCGAUUGCUGAAAAAAUCGUCAGAAAGUGUGGUGGCUUACCACUUGCACUAAAAGUAGCAGGUGGGGUGCUGAGAAUGGUUGAAGAUGUAAGCAUGUGGCGUAAUUUUUUGAACAAGUUGAAUUCACCAGCUAUGUCUUACAUUGAAGAUAUGAAUGAAGAUGUGUUCAGGUCAUUGAAGGUCAGUUACGACGUGUUGAAGGAUGACAGCAUCAAGAAUUGUUUUCUGUAUUGUGGCUUGUAUCCAGAAGAUGCAAAGAUUAAAAAAUCUCGGCUGAUCACUUAUUGGGGAGCGGAGGGGUUUCUUUGGAGUAAAGGGACUUUGGAAGAUGCUUAUGAUGAUGGGUGUGCGAAAUUACAUGACCUUAUUGGUGCAUCUCUGUUGGAGAAGUGUGAGGAUGAAAAACAUGUAAAGAUGCAUGAUGUGGUUCGAGAUUUAGUUCUGAUGAUGACUUCUGCAGGAGAAGAGGAGAGCCGGUUCAUGGUGAGAGCUGGACUUCUGCAGGAAAUACCUGAUGAUAAGGAAUGGGAAGAAGCAAGUAGGAUUUCAUUUAUGGAUGCCGAGGGAUACAAAUUACCAGAGAAGCCAAAAUGUCCCAAGCUGUCAACAUUGCUGCUUCGGCGACGUCAAUAUGAUCUCUCUCCUCUGAAGGCAAUACCUGAAUGUUUCUUCAAUCACAUGCCCAACCUUCGACUUUUGGAUCUAUCAAGAAAUGGCAUCUCCUCAUUGCCAUCUUCCAUAUCAAAUUUGGUCAACCUUCGACUUUUGGAUCUAUCAAGAAGUGGCAUCUCCUCAUUGCCAUCUUCCAUCUCAAAUUUGGUCAACCUUCGAGUAUUGCUUCUGAAAGGAUGCGAGUAUUUACAGGCUCUCCCUCAGGAAGUAGGUGUGCUCCAGAGACUUGAGGUGCUCCAUGUCAGCAGGGCGAACAAAAUGCCGUAUCACCCUAGUGAGAUGUGGAAGUUGACCAGCCUUAAAAGUUUGAAAUUUUCACCUCUAACUUUGACAGUCCCCAAAGAUGAGAUGGUUCCUUGUAGUGUGACCAUAUCCAGACUUUCCCUGCUUCAAGAAUUGAGUAUUAAAAGGAUGAAAGGGGAUGAUGAAGAAAGUUUGGAAACUUUUGCAAAAGGGGUUAGCAGCUUGACACGGCUCUCUUCACUUAAAUUCCACUUCACAACAAGGAAUUGUCUGAAACACUUUCUCCAUAACAGCCAACCAUGGAGAGAUAGUACCAUACAGAAAUUCCACCUCUAUGUUGGAAAAUUGAAGGGUCCUUAUCAUUUGACCCAGAGUAUUACCAAAUUAUUUGAGAGGUCAUUAUCAUUUGUGCCAGAGUAUGAGGAUGAUGGAGGAGGAGUAACUUGUGAAGAAAUAAAAGAGGUACUCAUACGUUCGGAGUGUUUUUACCUAAGCGGUUGUGAAACCCUUCAAAUACUAUCAGAAUUGGGCGCGGAAAGAGUUAAUGGGUUAAAAGGUUUAUCCGUCUAUUCUGGUAAACAUGAAUAUAUGAUAGAUGAAGAUGGAUUGCGAGGGGAUGUUUUUGAAAACUUAGAAUACCUUCGAUUGAUUACCUUACAUCAUUUUAGGGGCAUCGGCUGCGACAAAUUACCAAUGCAAUUAAGCAGCAGCACCAAUAGCUUCACUAAACUGAAGGACUUGCAAAUACUUCGAUGCGAAUUUAUGAAGAAGGUGUUCUCAUGGGGAUUGAUUCCGCAACUCCUUAAUUUGGAAUCGUUGAAAAUUUGGUUUUGUUCGGAAAUGGAGGAGAUAAUUUCAGCUGAUUUCGAUGAGAGGGAGGAAGACAACAAGAGGCUUGAACACGUGAACCUACCCAAACUGAAGCUUUUGGCUCUUCAUCAUUUACGAGAAUUGGUUGGCUUCUCCAAGAGGAAGAGGAACCAUCUGUACUUGCAUUGCCCCUCCUUAGAGGAGGUUACUUUUUACAAAUGUCCAAAACUGGAAAUAUUUCCUUUUGGCAUCGACGGUGCACCUCAUUUGAGAAAGAUUAAAGGAGAACUGAAAUGGUGGGAAGCAUUAAAAUGGAAAGAUGAUGCCACUAAAUCACGAUUCGCCCCGCUCUUCCAAAUAUACCAAUGAUCAAUCAUUUUGUGGACGUCAAUUCCUCCCAAUGACGUUGUAUUCCUUACAGCUGAUACAGACCAUUUAAUGUGGGGCUUAGCUCUCAAAUGUCUUUCCAGCUCUCCGUCUUUGCUCACUGUUGUGGAAUUUGGUUACCGGCCUCUUCAAGGAAAUGAUAUGAUUUUAUAUCAGUUUUUUUCUUCGAGAAUGUCAUGGAAGGUGUGGAGUUGUUCUGCUCGAGCAACUAACAAUUUCGCAAAUCUCUGUGUUGGUUAUGUAAUUGAUCGGAAGUGACGGAUACUUAUUUGCUUAAUAACUUACAUUUGUAUAUAUUGUCUUAAGAUUGUUUGGUUUGAGAUCAUUCCAUUUAUAUCAUUUCAUGUAAUCGAUGAGCAGACCAGUUGCUAAAGACUUCUAUGUUUAGUUAUUAGUAUCUGUAUUGUAUUCUUUGACAAAAUCUGUGUAAACAGAGUUUGUAACUGCUGUUAUUAUGAAAAUU